AUGAAGACUGCCACAAUCCUCUUGCUCGCGAGCGCAGCUCUCGCAGCCCCCGCUGCCAACAAAACCCUGGAGGCUCGCAAGCCCUGCCUUCUCCUCGACGGCCUUCUGAACGGCGGAGGUAGCGGCAGUGCCGAUUCUUCAGCCAGCGGUGGUCUCAGCUCCAUUUUCGGCGGCUCCGCUGGUGCAUCCGGUUCGGGCUCAGGCUCAGGCUCGGCAGACCUUGGUGCUGACCUCGGCCUUGGUGGCUCUGGCAGUGCAUCUGGUGAUGCUUCUGGUACAGGAUCUGCUGGUGCUAGUGCCUCUGGCAGCUCUGGCCUCGGUGCUGGUCUCGGCCUUGGCCUUGGCGGCUCUGGCUCUGGUGGCCUUUUCGGAUCUGGCGGUCUCUUCGGCAGCGGAUCUGGCAGCGGAUCUGGUGGUGCCUCUGGCUCUCUGAGCGGUGGUGCUUCCGGUACUGGAUCUGCUGGCGCCUCUGGCUCUGGUAGUGCCUCUGGCGGCGCUUCUGGCUCUCUUGAAGGUGGUGCCUCUGGAUCUGGUGGUGCUUCUGGAUCUGGCGACGUUUCUGGCGGUGCCUCUGGUUCUCUUAGCGGCGGUGCCUCUGGUACUGGAUCUGCUGGCGCCUCUGGCUCUGGCGGUGCCUCUGGCGGUGCCUCUGGUUCUCUUAGCGGUGGUGCUUCUGGCACUGGAUCUGCUGGCGCCUCUGGCUCUGGCGGCGUUUCUGGCGGUGCCUCCGGCUCUCUCGGAGGAGGUGCUUCCGGCUCUGGCGGUGCCUCUGGUUCUCUUAGCGGUGGUGCCUCUGGUACUGGAUCUGCUGGUGCGUCCGGAUCUGGUGGUGCUUCUGGCGGUGCUUCCGGCUCUCUCAGUGGCGGUGCUUCUGGAACUGGAUCUGCUGGUGCCUCUGGAUCUGGCGCUAGUGCUAUUGGUUCUGGUGGCUCAGGUGGUGCCUCUGGCGGUGCCUCCGGCUCUCUCAGCGGUGGUGCCUCUGGUACUGGAUCUCUCGGCGCUGGCGCUUCUGGCUCUCUUGGAGGCGGUGCCUCUGGUGGUGCCUCUGGUUCUCUCAGCGGUGGUGCUUCUGGAACUGGAUCUGCCGGUGCCUCUGAAUCUGGCGCGAGUGCUAUCGGUGCUGGCGGCUCUGCUGGCGCUUCUGGCGGUGCCUCUGGUACUGGAUCAACUGGGGCGAGUUCUUCUGGCGCACCCUCCACCUCUGGAUCUGGCUCUGGCUCCUCGGGCGCUGAGGGUUCCGACUCGGGCUCUGCUGGCGCUGGGGCUUCUGGCAGCGGCUCCACUGGUGCUGGCGGUUCCGGAUCUGCUUCGGGCGGCGCUGGUGCUUCUGGAAGCGUAGAGGGCUCGGGCUCGGGCUCUGGCUCUGGUACUUCUCCCUCUUUCAGCACUAGCACCAGCGUCACUUGGGCGAUCCCUGGCCCUACUGGCACCUCGGGUGAGGGUUCUGGUUCUCUGUCAAUUGGUGGUUCCCUUGGAGCUCAGGCUACCGCUGCUGCCAACGCGCAGGCCACCGCCAAUGCUAGCGCCAACGCUUCUGCCAACGCUUCUGCCAACGCUGAUGCUUCUGCUGAUGCUUCUGCCAAUGCUUCUGCCAAUGCUGUCGCCAACGCGUCUGCUUAA